UGGACCCCGCCCUGCAGGUUUUUGCCGGAGCAAUGAGGUUAUUCUUAACUCUUAUUGGUCUAGAGUGCCGGGUUUGCAGGAGAAGAACACCGGCAGGAUUUGAUUGGUCAUUACAGAAGUUUUCUUAAGUUGUGAUUGGCUAAAAAUCAAUACCCUGCAAAAGCAAAAAUGCUCACGCUAGUCUUCAUCUUCAUAUCUUCCUCAAAAUCAUUGCUCAACAUGGCGUUUAGUUCAGUGAGAGAAGAUGUUUUGAAAUUAUUUCAAGACGAAGAUUUGCAGAAAUUGAUUGAAAUAUUUAGUAUUUAUUCUGAGAAAUGGAUAAAUUCAAAUAAAAAUGUGUUUUUAAACACAGAACAGCUUUACGCUGUACUUUCUUGUGGAGAAAUUGGUGUGAAUGAAGAUGCUUUGAAUUAUCUUCCUGCAUCAGUUUCUUCCAAGAAUUGUGUUGCAUUGAGGUCCGAAUCAUCUGGAAAUUGCUUGUUUAGCUCCAUAUCCUUAUGUCUGGUAGGUGAUAAUAGUUUGACGCAACAGUUAAGGCUACUUGCUUGCAUUGAACUUUUUGUCAAUUCUGAGUAUUAUAGUUCUCACCCUAAUUUAUUUGUUGACAAAUAUCCAUCUUUAAGUCCAUCAAAUGUUUUAGCAAUGUCAGUAUCUCAUGCUGCUGUUGAUACUAAUUUUAAGGCUGCUGAACUUGUCAAAGCUGAGGCUACUUUUUGUUUGAAAAACAUGAACCAGUGGUCUGGUUUUCUCUCUGUUUUGUCAUUGUCUUCUAUAAUUCGCAGAAAUAUUAUGUGUUAUUAUCCUGAUUGUGGUCCUCUCAAAUACAAAGAAAUAUUCAAUAAAAAGGUUUUUCCACGUGUGCCAAAGGUUGAUGAAACUUGCUUCCAUAUUUUGUUUUGUUAUGAAGGUCAUCUCAUUUCAGAUCUUACUUUUAAACAUAGUACUAGCCAUGAACCUAAUUUUUUUCCAAACAAUAAUAAAUCAGUCAUAACAUCAAAAAUAGUUGAUUCCCUUCCACAAAAUUUUGAUGUAACUGAUGUUGCAUAUUACAGACUUCGUGUUAAAGAAGGGAUGACAGACAAACAAAUUUUCGAUCUAAUAAAUCAGACUUUUUCCCCUUCUGCAGAAUAUACCUACCCUAAAACUUUAAAACGUCAGUUCCGUUCAGAGUGAAAGGAGUUUCUCUGCAUUAAGAAGGUUAAAAGAAUACGCACGGAGUACCAUGACCAAUGAUCGUUUAAAUGGGUUAGCAUUGUUAUAUAUCCAUCAAGAAAUUAUCCCUGACAAAGAUAAAGUCAUUGAUAGAUACGCUCUUUCAAAUCGUAGGCUUGAAUUUUAAUUGUUAUGUAUAUUUGUUGCAAAGGUUGGUAUUAUAUUAUACUAUUGGUAUUCUUAAAAAAUUAAUUUAAUAGAAAAUAUGUUUAUCAAAAUUAUUAAAACACUUAUAUUAAUACUACUUUGUCACUUUAAUUGUUAACAUAUUUCGUGUUCCAUUUCCAUUUUUUUAGUCCAUAGUUCAUUUUCAUUUAAUUGACAACUGUCAAGAAAUAGUAGAACAUAGUUGCAGGGACUAUGGGGUUACUCAGUUGUCAUUUUAUCCUGCAUUCAUUUUUAUUCAUAUCAAACCAUUUCAUUGCAAUAUUCAUUAUCAUUUAAUUGGCAACUGUCAAGAAAUAGUAAAACAUAGUUGCAGGGACUAUGGGGUUACUCAGUUGUCAUUUUAUCCUGCAUUCAUUUUAAUUUAUAUAAAACCAUUUCAUUCCAAUAUUCAUUAUCAUUUAAUUGAAAACUGUCAAGAAAUAGUAGAACAUAGUUGCAGUUGUCAAGUUAUCCUGUAUUUUUUAAAUAUAAAUAUGCCAAUGACAGCUAAAUUUUUCUCUAUUUUUUCCUCAUCAUUGUAUCUUGUUAUCUUAAUUCUUUACUUCUUUUUUAUUUGGCUGUCCAUGUCUGGAUGACAUUUUUUGUUAUCCUAGGCAUGCUGAUGAGCUCUGAUAUUGAGCGAAACGGCCUAUUAACAUCUAUAAAUUAUAUGAGAUAAUCUUGUUUCUUUAGUUCAUAGGCUUCAUAUAUAACAAUAGAAACUCAGCAAGAAAGAGAAGCAACCAAACAACAUUGUUGAAAAGAUGACACGGUAACGAUUUUCGUUUUAUGCUGUAUGAAUGACAAAUAGCCUUUUUAUUUUCAAAAUAAUUUACAAUUUAGAUGCGGGAAUGUUGUUUUCAGACAAUCUAGGAUCCUCCAAUGUUUAAAAAUUUUCUGACCCCUCAGGCCCAACCAUGGUGGGCCUUCGCGUGUCACUAAUAUAAGUACAUUUUAUGACGGGGUACAUCAAAAAUCCUAGAUCCGCCCCUGGCUACAUCUAAAUAACUAGCUAGCUAUAUGGAUAACAUUACUUUUGUUGUUAAAUGUUUUAUAUAAAAAGGUAUUUUUAUUUACCAGAUAUAAAAUGUUCACUGCAAAUUCUUGAGUUAUUUAUUUGUUUUUCUGUCCAUUUUUCUCUCUUUAUUGCUUGUACCCAAAGUUGACGAAGUUUCUUGCUUUCUUCAUUGUGACCGAAUGGUAUGCAAUAAAAUUUUAAUUUUCCACCUUUUUUUCUUUUAUUGGAGCAGCCUACUGCACAACAAGAAUCAGGCACUUCUUCAAGUAUAAGUACAAUCACAACCAGAACCUCUUGUUUU